AAUUGCAAAAAAGCCUAGGAGAGUAUGGUUUUUCUUUUGACACAACAAAUAGCUGCUUACUGGAUGCUAUCGAAGGGCCGAAUAAUUUGAUGAUACCUUUGCUCGGCACAUCGCUGAAAGCUGUUGAACCGCCAGAAGAUUCGCCCGUACGAAAAGAUGACGUUCUUCGCGAACUUGCAAAAAGUCUAAAUGCUCAGUUUAUGGACAUGAGAAUGGCAAUGUUGGGUCUCACAGAUGAGAAGGAUAGAAACAUCCUAGCAAAGUUUCAAUCGCUUAGCCGGUGGUAUAAAACCUAUCUUCGAUGUCCAAAAUGUGGAUCUCCAUUGCAUAUGCGGGUUAGCAAAGCAGGUGCCAAUUGUCUUAUGUGUCCACGAGUCUAUUAUCCUACGUGUUCUCCAGUGGCAAUAACGCUUGUAGCCGAUCCCACGGAUAGUUAUGCCCUUUUAGUUCGCCACAAAGGCUCAGCUCCCGGAGUUUACACAGCUGUGGCAGGAUUUGCACAGCCCGGGGAGUCCCUGGACGAGUGCGUUAGGAGGGAGAUAGCCGAGGAGAUUGGUGUUCCCGUCUCAAAAGUAGUCUCACUCCAACGCAGUCAGCCUUGGCCAAUGCCUGGUUCAUCGCUAAUGUGUGCUCAUUAUGCCGUGACUGAGAUGUCUUAUAAGGUAAGAGAUAAAUAUCAUAUACCAGCG